AUGUCGGUUCCCGGCAACAUCAAUCCCGCUCCUCCUCCAUCUUCCUUUGAUAGCGACCCAGACUUUUUCGAAGAGUCAAGAUGGGUGAAGUUCAAGCGGCGCCUCAUAGAGGAGCCGCUGAUCCCUCUCGGCUGUGCCCUGACAUGUUGGGCUCUUUACGAAGCAACGAAAUCGAUCAAAAGUGGCGACAAGUACAAAACAAACCGCAUGUUCCGACGCCGUAUCUACGCCCAAGGCCUCACCAUCCUGGCCGUCGUCGGUGGUUCCAUGUACUGGGACAAGGACCGUGACAAACGAAAGGAGUACAACGGUCUCACGGCAGAAAAAGAUAGGAAGGAAAAGCUGGACGCAUGGCUGAAGGAAUUGGAAGCGCGGGCCGAGGAGGAGGAAGAGUUGCAAAAGCUGCGGAGUAAGAUUACAAAAGGACAGGCUGAGGAGAGACGGCGGCUGACGGAGAGCAAGAAGAAGGCCGCUGAGGCCAGGUUGUCGGAGGUGAAGUGUGUGGCGGAGCCGGGAGACCUCAGGAAUGAUGGUCCGAUUUUGUCCGAGCUCAGGAGGUUAUGGCAAGGGAGAAGAUAA